CGAAGGCAUUCCCCUCUCUCUGCUCCCCUCCUCCCCCCUCCCUCCGACAUACUCCAGCCCCCUACUUUCGGUCUCCUCGCCCAUCUUUGCGUCUGCUCGCCCGGCAACACUUUGUCAACCUGGAAGAUGACCUGCGAUCUUGUUGAUGACAUUUGGAUCUUUGGCUAUGGCAGCCUGGUCUGGAAGACCGGCUUCCACUUUGCUGAUUCCCAUGUCGGGCACAUCCGACACUUCCAGCGCCGGUUCUGGCAGCGGAGCACCGAUCACCGCGGCACCGAGGAGAAGCCCGGUCGCGUGGUUACCCUGAUUCCGGCCCCCCUGGAAGAAGCCAGUCUUGUUUGGGGUGUGGCCUAUCGCAUCCCGGCCAGCGACUGGCCCAAGAUCAAGGAGUAUUUGGACUACCGGGAAAAGAACGGAUACGAGACCCAUACUGUGGCCGUCUACGCCAAUGAGGGUGAUACAUGUCCCCUGGUCGAGAAGGCCAUCAUCUACGUGGCCACUGAGGACAACCCCGAGUACUUGGGACCAGACUCGGAGGAGUCGAUCGCCAAUCAGAUCGCCCAUAGUGUCGGCCCAUCUGGCGACAACUCCGAGUAUCUGUUCCAACUCCAGAACUGGACCAUCCAGCACCCGAAGACGCGUUGCGCCCAUAUUGAUCGUUUGUGUGAGCUGGUCCGCGCAAUCCAGAGCUAAAGAGCCGAACGCCGGCGAGAACAUCCCCCCCCCCC